UAACAUCAUAACAAGAUAGGUUUUUCUUAAUUUUGUACAUCUAGUAAUUAAUACCUGACAUAUGGAUGGGCAGGUUCCUGAGGGGGAGAAUACUCCAAAGGGAGAGGAGACACAAUGUGAUGCUGGUGCACAAGCUGAUGGCGACCCAGAACUUUUAGACGACUCCGAGUUUUACCAGCAAUUACUGAAAGAAUUUUUUGAGACAAUUGACCCAGCAUCUUCUGAGACGGCCUUUUAUUCUCUGAAAAAGUUGCAUACUAAGAAGAGGAAGAUUGUGGACAGACGAGCCUCUAAGAGUCGCAAGAUAAGGUAUAAUGUUCACGAGAAGAUAGUAAAUUUCAUGGCUCCGGAGCCUAUGACCCUUCCAACUAUGGUUCCAGACCUCAAUAAUUUGUUUGGGUUGAAGAACCAGAAACGAGCUUCUGUAUUAUAGUGUAUAGGCCUUUGAAUCCAGGCUCUGAAAUUUUGUCUGUUAUUUAAAUGAUUUGAGUAUGUUGUCCUGAUAUUUCUGUAAUCCAUUCCAUACCAAUUUUUGUAAUGUUAGCCUCGUCUUCUGAACGCAUAGCUUUGUUGUAAAUCACAGUGAA